UCAACAUCUAAAUCCCUAAAUUCUUGCCCUCCCUAUAUGAGGCAAAAAUCCUAAAGCACCGAUCUCCCACCAUGACGAUCCAGCUUUCUCUCUCUAACCAUGAGGCUCUCUCUCCUACUACACUCUCUCGUUGCAUCCUCCUAUUCUCUCUCAUGGAUGCAGAGCACAAGUUGCAAGUAAUUGAUUUUUGCGAACCACUAUGAUUAUUGUUGGACGAACCUGCUCUUUCUUUCUCAUGGAUGCAGAGCACAAGAUGCAAGUCGUUGAUUUUUGUGAACGACUAUGAAUAUUGUUGGAGGAACCUGCAAAAUACCUCAAAAUGGAUCAAUCAACUUGUGAAGAAUGAAGAACCAAAAUCAGUUCAAACCCUCUCACCAUCUCAAUGUCAAUUGAAGCUGAAGCUUGAUAUCCAAAUACUUGCAUAUGUAGAAGAUUAUGCGAAUCAUGGUGGCACUAAAAAUUGGAAGGAUAUUAAAUCCAAGUUACAUCAGGAAUUGCAAGGAAGCUUGUCAUGGAUGGUCCCAAGCUGGCAAAUAAGGAAUGACAAAUCAGUUGUGCUUUGCAACGAGCAUUGAAUUUGUGUGGAGAAUUCAUAAAGAUCAAUCACAUAUUAUGAGAUAAGAGGAAGAAUGCCCUUGAAUAAGCAAAACCAGAAAAGUUGAAACUGCUCUUGCUCUCAUGAAAAUCAGCUUAUCAAGAAUUGAGGGAUUUUGGUGGAAGUUAAUCAAUAUUUUUGUACUUCGCUCCACAUUUUUUUUUUUUACUUUUAUUGGUUGUGCAAUGUACUCUCAUUAGCACCAUUUUUUGUAAAGAGUGCUGUCUCAAGCACCAUUUUUUGUACAUAUGACCCUUUUCCUAGGGGUACCACUUUUUGUAUAGAGUAUUGCCUUCUCUUUUACUA